UGACGUACAUGAGCCUCCAUAUAUAACAUCGAGUUACGAGUAUCCCAUCAUGUUCAUAAGAUCACAGCAUCCAGCUCGGCAAUAUCUAGCAACGAUGAAGAAGACUUCACUGAUGAUCUCCUGCCUUAUCUUGGCCUUCUUUUUCCUCUCUGUCGAUGCAGGAUAUAAUGGCUCUGAUCAUGUUCAACAUGAUAUAUGCACGGUGACUAGCGGACCCGACGAAGUCAGGAUUAUGAUUUUGAAGCGGCCAAGUAGUGCUCAAUCCGUUAGAUCAAUAACUUUCACAAACAACUGUCCCAAUACCAUCUGGCCGGGAACCUUAACGGUUGAUCAGGAACCUCAACUGUCAACAACCGGAUUUAAGUUAGUAUCCAGAGCAUCCACAUCAAUAAGUGUCCAAGCUCCAUGGAGGGGCCGUUUUUGGGCACGAACUGGUUGCUCCGCGGAUGCCUCAGGAAGGUUCUCUUGCGCUACUGCGGAUUGUGCCUCCGGACAGGUUGCGUGCAAUGGCAAUGGUGCGGUCCCGCCGGCAUCUUUGGUAGAAAUCAACAUAGCAAAGAAUGGUGGGCAGGACUAUUACGAUGUCAGCCUUGUGGACGGCUUCAACCUGCCUGUUUCAGUGAGCACAGAAGGCGGGAGCGGUGAAUGCAAGACCUCGAGUUGCCCGGCCAAUGUGAAUGCAGUUUGCCCAGCAGAGCUGCAACUAAAAGCCGCGGAUGGGAGCGUGAUCGCAUGCAAGAGCGCAUGCACAGCAUUCAAUCAGGCACAAUACUGCUGCACUGGCGACUUCAUUACCCCAGCAACAUGUCCUCCCACGAACUAUUCAAUGAUUUUCGAGAACCAAUGCCCUCAAGCUUAUAGCUAUGCUUAUGAUGAUGUGAACAGCACCUUUACCUGCUCCGGUGCACCUAAUUACGUUAUCACUUUCUGCCCUUGAAUAACAUCUAGCUUGAUCAUGAGAUGAGAUCAAGAGUUAUGCAUUCAUGCAUAUUGCAUGCAUUUCCAGCUUCUCUUUAUAAUAAUCUAUUUAAAUAUAAAAAAGUCGUGUUCAGGAUGUC